AUGCCGCCCCCGCCGCAUCAAAAACCCGAGAAUGUCCUCAAGCGCGCCCACGAGCUCAUCGGCGUCGGCCAGGCUCCCGCCGCCUUGACCCUCCUGCACGAGCACAUCACCUCGAAGCGAUCACGAAAUGUCCCCAUCGCGUCGCUGGAGCCGGUCAUGCUCCUCCUCGUGGAGCUGUCCGUCGAGCAAAAGAAGGGCAAGCUGACAAAGGACGCCAUGUACCAGUACAAGAACAUCGCCCAAAAUAGCAACAUCGGAACCAUCGAGCUGGUCCUGAAGAAGUUCCUCGAGCUCGCUGCCGAUAAGGUCACCGCAGCCCAGGCCAAGGCCGACGAGGUCCAGUCCAGCAUCGAGGCUACCACUGGUGAGGCUGGCGUGGACGACCUGGAGGCUACCGAGACACCAGAGUCCAUCUUGCUUGCCACCGUUUCUGGCGAGCAGUCCAAGGACCGCACCGACCGCGCCAUCGUCACCCCAUGGCUCAAGUUCCUCUGGGAGGCUUACCGGACUGUCCUCGACAUCCUCCGAAAUAAUGCCCGACUCGAGAUCCUCUACCAGAGCACUGCCAUGCAGGCGUUCGACUUCUGUCUGAAGUAUACCCGAAAGACCGAGUUCCGCCGCCUGUGCGAGCUGCUCCGCAACCAUGUCCAGACCGCUGCCAAGUACUCGCAGCAGAUGCACGCCAUCAACCUGAACGACCCUGAUACGCUGCAGCGACACCUCGAGACUCGCUUUCAACAACUAAACGUGGCCGUCGAGCUGGAGCUGUGGCAGGAGGCCUUCCGUAGCGUGGAGGACAUUCACACCCUUCUCAACUUGAGCAAGCGCCCGCCGAAGAACAUCAUGAUGGCAAACUAUUACGAGAAGCUCACUCGUAUCUUCCUCGUCGGCGAGAACUACCUCUUCCACGCCGCCGCCUGGUCCCGUUACUACCAGCUUCUCCGCCAGUCCGCUACCUCUGUCGCGACUGGCCAGAGCAAGAAGUCCGACAACCCGGCUGCCACCGAGGCCGACCUGCAGAAGGCUGCUUCGUUUGUCUUGCUGUCGGCUCUGUCGAUCCCUGUCAUCAGCACCACGAGGUCCCGUGGUGCCAUGGUCGACUUCGACGAGGCCAGGAAGAACAAAAAUUCCCGCCUGACUCAUCUGCUGGGCAUGAACUCGGCGCCUACUCGAGCCGUCCUCUUCCAGGACAUCCGUGCCAAGCAGCUCAUCCGUCGUGUUCGCCCCGAGAUCCGCGACCUCUACAACAUCCUCGAGGUUGAUUUCCACCCCCUCUCUAUUUGCGAGAAGAUCUCGCCCAUCCUGGCUCAGAUCGGCGCGGACCCUGACAUGCAGAAGUACGUGCUGCCUCUGCAACAAGUCAUCCUGACGCGGUUGUUCCAGCAGCUAUCUCAAGUGUAUGAGACUGUCGAUUUGUCUUAUGUUGAGGGUCUCGCAAAGUUCCCUGAACCUUUCCAGGUUACUCGUGCCACAAUUGAGAAGUUCAUCAUGAACGGCAACAAGAAGGGCGAUCUCGCUAUUCGCAUGGAUCAUGCAACCGGUGUGUUGAGCUUCGACAAGGACAUUUUCUCGUCGGCCAAGGCUGCGAGCGCCGGCGGUGCCGGAUCUGCCGAAGCCGAGACUGGCGUCGGAUCUGUUCAGAGAUUGCAGAGUACCCCCGCAGAGAUUGUGCGGACUCAGUUGACUCGGUUGUUCAAGACCCUUCACACUACCUGCUACUACAUCGACCCCACGUUCAACGAGGACCGUUCCAAGGCCCGCCAGGCUGCCCUCGAUCGGGCCAAGGCAGGCGCUGAGCAGGAGCACCGUGAGAUUCUGGCUCGCAAGGAGGUCAUUCAGAAGCGCAAGGAGCAAGCCUCUGAGAUCCGAGCACGCAUCGAGCGGGAGAACGCCAAUGCCAAGCGUCUCCGUGAGCAACAGCUGCAGGAGGCUGAGGCGCAGCGACUGCAGCAGGAGCUCAAGGAGCGUGAGCAGAGAAGACUGCAGAAGGAGCGCGAAGAGAUCCACAAGAUCGAGAUCGAGAACACCAUCAAGGAGCUCAAGAUCGGAACCAAACAGCUUGGCAUUGAUCCUGACGACCUGGCCAACCUGGACAGCAGUCGUCUCCGUGCCAUCAAGCUCGCCCAGCUCGAGCGUGAGAAGAACGACGUCAAUGAGAAGCUGCGCAUCACUGGCAAGCGUAUCGACCAUCUUGAACGUGCUUUCCGUAAGGAAGAGGCUAAGAAGCUGGGCGAGGACUACGAGAAACAGCGAGCCCAGGAUGUCGCCGCCUAUGAGAAGACCAAGCAGGAGACCCUCAUCGAGGCCAAGCGGAAGCAUGCAGAGGCAGUGGAGCUUAAGCACCGUGUGGAACGUCUCGUUCCAUUCUACGAGAAGUUCAAGGAGAACCUGUACGAGCGUCGUCGUGACGAGUUUGACAAGAAGCGCCGUGAGGCAGACAGGGAGAUGGAGAAGGCAGUUGCUGCACGCAAGAAGGAGUUCCGGGACAGGAAGAUCCGCGAGAAGCGGGAGCGCGAGGAGAAGGAGCGGGCUUUGCGGGAGGCCGAGGAGAAGGCUGCCCGCGAGAAGGAGGAACGCGAACAGCGCGAGGCUCAGCGUCGCGAGGAAAUGGCGAGGAUCAAGGCGCAGCGCGACUCGGAGCGCCAGGAGGCUCUGGAGAAGGCUGCAUUGCAGGCUCGUCGCGAGGAGGAAGCUCUUGCGCGGCGCCAAAGGGAAAAGGAACAAGCCCGAACCAUCCCCGUCCGCUCAGCCGCACCCUUGGAACGCACCGACUCUGCCGAGCGGCCGUCGGCUGGCCCACCACGUCUGGCCCUGUCCGGUGCAGGUGGCAAGCCCAGCUGGCGUGAACGCCAGGCCGCGAAGGAGGCUGCUGGCGGUGAGGCUCCUUCGGACGCGCCUCCCGCACGCGCUACACCCCCACCGGUGGAGCGCGCCGCACCGGCCGAACGUGUCGAACGGGUCGAGCGUGCCGAACGUGCUCCUCCAGUUGAGCGCACCGAUUCUAAUGAGAGGUCUUCCGGGCCUCCACGUCUGAACUUGGCAGGACGCGGUGGCAAGCCUGCAAGCAGCUGGCGUGACCGUGAAGCUGCUAAGCGUGAGUCAGGCUUUGAUGCUCCUGCUGGUGACUCUGAGAGGACUGAGAGAAGCGCGCCUCCAGCUCGCCAGGGCUCUGGCAGGGGUGAGAAUGGGAGGGACGCUGCCCCAACUGAGACUCUGACGGCGUCGCGUGCCCCCGGCAAGUGGGUUCCAAGGCACCUCCGGGACCAGGCUGGCCAGUAG